AUGCAGGAGGUGGUGAAGAAACGGCCGAUAAUCUCCGCUAGAGAAAGAGGCCCGGGCCCCGGUCGCUACGCCCUGCCCCCUACAGUCGGAUACAUCAACCAUGACUUCACCAAGCCCAGCAGCCCUGCUUACUCCUUCCACAGCCGCAUGAGCAGUGCCAUGGUCUCUGUGGACUCCAGCCCAGGACCAAGGUACCACAUUGACGCCAAGCUCACCCGGUUCGGCCGGAUGGAAACCCCCUCCUACUCUAUUUUAGGCAGAGGAAGGCGAUCAGGAAAUAAAGUCGAGCUGCACCAGACUCCAGGCCCGGGGGCCUACAGCCCAGAGAAGACUGCAUCUCUCGGUGCUCACCACAGACCACCAUCCUACACCAUCGGCGCCCGGACCAGAUACCGCUGUGUGGAUGCUGUGCCGGCACCAAACAGCUACAGUCUUCCUAACCUGCUGGGCGGCCAUGUCCCUAAUAAACCCUCCAGUGCCAGCUACAGCUUCUCCAGCCGGAGGAAAGUCGGAGCACCAUCAGAAGACCUCUCCAUGAGCCCCGGACCGGCAAAGUACAACAGCAUCAACCCGGAUAUAUACCGCCAGCGCCAGCCCUCCUUCUCCAUGCAGAGCCGGACUAAGAGGCCUAAUUAUUCCUCUGCUGUUCCCGGCCCCGGCACCUACAGCCCAGAGAAGAUUCAUUCGCACCUGCCUAGACCACCGUCCUACACUCUGGGUGUCAGACACUCAGAGUUUGUCACCCCACUCGUGGUGGAUGUAGCUGACUGA